UACGAAAAUACAAGACCCGGCAGCUAGGGUUUUGGAGGAGCUCAUAUAAAGCUCAACUUCCCAUUUUAGAGCGCCAAAGAGAACACCUAAAGCGUCGUCGCGGCUAUUUCCAUCGUUCUCCUUCGAGAUGGCCAAGUCGAAGAAUCACACCGCCCACAACCAGUCGCGCAAGGCCCACAGGAACGGCAUCAAGAAGCCUAAGAGGCACCGCCACACUUCCACCAAAGGGAUGGACCCCAAGUUUCUGAGGAACCAGAGGUAUGCCAGGAAGCACAACAACACCAAGAAUGAAUCUGCCUCCGGAGAAGAGUAGAUUGAGACCUUCAAAUCAUGGCUCUGAUUGGGGUUUUCUCGAUUAGGGUUUGUUGAUUUCGAUGUCGAUUUAUGUUUAAUUUGCUGUUAGUAACAUAGUAGUUUGAUGUUACUCUAGUGGGCUUUAUUUCAACUUAAUGUAAGAGCAUCACUCUAGAGAUUGCUACUUUGUUAAAGAGAUUAUGAGUUUUUGAGAUAAUUUUUUGUGGUUUUGCAAUCA